GUCACUAUCCAAUCGCUAUACACUAUACAAUCUGCAUGAACAGCUCUAGAAGCCUAGUAUUGUGAGAUCCAACCCCGACUUAAAUAUUUCAGAAUUGACCAAAAGCAGAGAUUGCAGGGUAAUUCAAAACCACUAGAAACGGAAUAUAGGCAACAUUUUCAAAGAGCUAUCAACUUUUAUCCCACUGGAUGUAGGCUACCUGGGGACAAUGUAGAGCGCGUUUCUUUUUGUCAGUGUGGGUUGGAACAGGUGAAUUGCAAGUAGCGACAAUAUCAAGGACCACCAAGAACAACAAAAAUUUACAACAGUCAGACAUCUGAAGGUUCUGCUGAAUUCCAUGGAUCAGACACUCAAGAGGCUUCAUCUCCUUCUGCUCCCGACCGCUGUCACUUUCUGCUCUCUCCCCUUCUCUAUGGCCACCAGCGUGGCCCCAGGGGGAUGUGGCUCCAAUGUAGGCUCCCUGUACUAUAGCCUGUGUGACCUCAGUGCCGUAUGGGGCAUCGUACUGGAGUCAUUCGCGGCGGCUGGCGUGGUGGGUUCCAUCAUCCUCCUCAUCGUCCUCCUGGCCAGCCUACCAUUCAUCACAGACAAGAGCAAGAGGAGCUCCGUGGGGCUCCAUGCCUGCUUCCUGAUCUGUACCCUGGGCCUCUUCUGCCUCACUUUCUCCUUCAUCGUAGGGAAGGACUUUGCCACCUGUGCCUCGCGGCGCUUCCUCUUCGGGGUGCUGUUCGCUGGGUGCUUCACGUGUCUUCUCAUGCAGUGUGUGAGGCUGAACCUCCUGGCCCGCAGGGGGGAUCAGGGGCCCCGGGCCUGGGUUCUGUGUCUGGGAGCCCUGGGGCUCUGGCUGGUGGAGGUGGUCAUCAACACAGAGUGGCUGAUCAUUACCAUUGUUCGCUACCCACUGUCACCGCUCAACGUUACUGGGACAGCACUAGGCACGGCCGCCGACGUGCCCUGUAACAUCGCCAACCAGGACUUUGUAAUGGCGCUGAUCUACGUACUGAAUCUUCUCCUAGCUGUCGUAGUGGCAUCCUUACCCUCCCUGUGCGGGAAACACAAGCAGAGACGCCAGGAGGGAGCAAUACUCCUCGUCACGGGUCUCCUCUCUGUGUUCAUCUGGGUGGCCUGGAUCACCAUGUACGUCUGGGGGAACCUGAGGACCGGUGGACCCAGCUGGGAUGACCCUACCCUGGCCAUCGCCCUGGUCAGCAACGCCUGGGUGUUCCUGGUCCUCUACACCAUCCCAGAGAUCUGCUCUCUGACUCAGGAGGACGGGGGGGCACCGGGGUUCAGAGAGGACCUGCACCCCAGUAGAGGGGUGGGCUACGAGACCAUCCUGAAGGACCAAGGAGCCCAGAAUAUGUUUAUGGAGAACAAGGCUUUCUCUAUGGAUGAAAACUCAGGUCCGAAGGUUGUGUCCCCAUACAGUGGCUACAGUGGUCAGCUCCGCAGUUCUGUCUACCAGCCCACAGAGCUAGCUAUCAUUAGCAAGGGAAUGGGGAAUCAGGAAAUGUCCUAUGAGUCUCGCAUCCCCCGAGCCUCCAUCAACAACAGCUCCCCGGCCCACAGAGGGGGCAGUACCCUGGUAAUGGACUACACAAGAAAUCCCAGUGGUGAACACAGACUUUACGUUACACCUCUCUCCUCAAGACAUUUUUGUUCAUCCAUUUUAUUCAAAUCUGUUGACUCUAUUUUGCUGUUUUCCAUUGGAUUCUUAAAAUGAGCUGGCUCUAAAGCGACCAGCCUAUCAGACUCCAGAGGUGACAUUUGGGUGAUCGAUACAAACAAUUUGCCUAUCUAUAAAUGGACAGUCCUGCACAGCAAAAUCAAUGGUGUACAUUUAACUCUGAAAGUGUUAAAUGUACACUAUUUUCAGUGAACAUAUGAGUCCCACUGAACUGGUGUUAAUAUAACACUUUUGAAACUGUUAAAGAUUGAACUCUGUUGCAGUGUUCCCCAUUCAACUCUUAAACUGUUCAUAGGAACUUGAUUGUGGUGUUUGCAUAGCUCUACUAUCUACUAUACUAUUAUGCAACACCUACAGAGUAAAACGUAACACUAGACAAAUUUGCUUAUUUCCCAGAGUGCCUUUUCUUUUCAAGUGAAUUGUAAAGUUACCACCCAUGACUGUAUUUGUUAACGAUAGAGACAUGCUUACUGAAUUUAAUUUAAAAGGCCUGUAGCUUUCACCUACUGAGUAUCUAAAACUAUGACUCUAUGAUAGUACAUGUAUCAUGACCUAGUUUCCUCCUAACACAGAGGUGUUAAGAAAGCCAAACCAGGCCUGCAAAUUGCAUUAUGCUGGCUCUCGAAGUUAUGUGUAAUUCCUAUUGAAAUCCAGCCAGAGUUGGGAUAUACUAUAGUUAAAAUUGUUAUUCACUUGCAACCUGCAUUCAGAAUGAUUGUCAGGGUUCUUCUUCUUUUGAAAAUUGAUAAGACUACCUAAACCAUUUAAACUGAAACAACAAUUUUAGGAACGGGUGCAAUAAAUUUAACUAAGUGAUUGGGUUAGUUUAGAAAAAUGUAUGUUAUUUAUCUUUGUGUAGUUUAAGAUUAAUCAAUCAAUGUACAUGUAAAAACACAGACAUUAAAAGCAAUCCUAAAAAAUCAACCUGCAGUAGAGCAUGCUGGGAAAUAUGAUAAUGAUAGGCGUGCUUUUGAUGGGACUGUUUAACUCUCCACAGUGUAAAACAAUAACUAUGCUUAUUAACACUAACACUUGGGGAUAUUUUACCCAACUGAGUGUUACUUUCACUCUUACAGAGUGAAUUUAUGUCCUGAAUAAACACAAGAAAAGUUACACUGAAAAAUCAACACUGGCCAAUUUGCUGUGUGUGUUUGACAUAACCCUCUAUAGAUCAAAGCAACCUGCAGUCAAAGCAACCCACAGAGCAGACGGUAUACCCAUGGCUUAGGGAGAAAAUAAUAUAUUUUGUUAAGGUUACCAUUCCUCUCACUGUGAGCUGAGCUAAGCUCUCCGCUGGACGUACUGUGACAGGUGAACUGUGAGCAUGCUGGAAUGGUGGGAAAUUAUAGUCAGACUUUCUCCUAGCAUGGGGGGGUGGGUAUUUUGGCAACAAAGGUGGCUAUAUAGUAAACAUACACACACUCACAUGGAAGUGCAGCCAACGACAAGAUCGGUCAAGUGAGGGGCCAACAGGUGUGACGGUGUCAUGGGAUUUACCUGCCAUCCCUGGGUUCCCAGAGGAGGACUCAUUAAAUUCCAUAUCUGGAACAUCUCUAUGGUUCCAUGGAAUCUUGGGAAAGGACUCUUCUGUCACUGGGAUACCAACUAAUAUGAAUACACUUAGUUAUAGGUUAAGCAUUCAAAUAGUGUGCACUUGCUUGCUUUAAAUGAAGUAAGGGCCAAUAUUAUUAAAUCAUAAUCCAAUCAAAUCUAAUUUUAUUUGUCACGAGCACCGAAUACAACAGGUGUAGACCUUACAGUGAAAUGCUUACUUAUGAGCCCAUUCCCAACAGUGCAGUUUUAAGAAAAUACCUAAAAACGGUCAAUGUUUAGUGCUUAGCUUGUGGAUAUCACUUUCAUAAAGUUCACAUAGCUAUUUCAGUUGUAGCUAAAGGGUGUUGAAUGAGUUCAUGUAAAUACCAUGCCAAUGAAUGUCUCCUCACUACAUACUGUAUGUAUGGAAGCACUUGUAUGAACUGUUGUAUGAAUUUGAAAUAUAUUUUUAACAUAGCUAUUUACAGUACUUACUUUUUUAUCAAAUCAGAUUUGAGCCUACACUUGUAAUUGUAAUCCUGAAAUGUAAAUCUAAUAUGAAGUUUGAAAACCAUAAUUAAUUAUUUGAUUGCACAUUCUGUAUCAACAACCAUUAAUGUCCCAAAUAAUAAAGAUUCACUGGUGAAA